CCUUCCCUGGAUCUGGGGGCCUUUUGGAAUCUCGACCUCCCCUUGGCCCAGCUCCUGCAGAAAAAUUAGGGCGAGCCCCAUCCUCGGUCUUCUCCGCCAAGUUGCGGGACCGCGGGGCGUGGCGCGGCGCGCUCGGGGCUGGCGGUCAGAGGCUCCGCAAUCCCUACUCCAGCCUCGCGCGGGAGGGGGCGCGGCCGUGACUCACCCCCUUCCCUCUGCGUUCCUCCCUCCUCUCUCUCUCACACACACACACCCCUCCCCUGCCGUCCCGCCCCGGACUCCGGCUCCGGCUCCGAUUGCAAUUUGUAAACUCCGCUGCCGCCGCCGCAGCCGCCACCAGUGCGCUGGCGGCUCAGGUGGCUCUCGCCUCGAUGUCCUAGCCUAGGGACCCCCGGGCCGGACUGGGCUGGGCUCCCUUCACCCUCCGUCGCAGUCAUGAGGGCGAACGGCGCUCUGCAGGUGCUGGGCUUGCUUUUCAGCCUGGCCCGGGGCUCAGAGGUGGGCAACUCUCAGGCAGUGUGUCCUGGGACUCUGAAUGGGCUGAGUGUGACCGGCGAUGCUGAGAACCAAUACCAGACACUGUACAAGCUCUACGAGAAGUGUGAGGUGGUGAUGGGGAACCUCGAGAUUGUGCUCACGGGACGCAAUGCCGACCUCUCCUUCCUGCAGUGGAUUCGAGAAGUGACAGGCUAUGUCCUCGUGGCCAUGAAUGAAUUCUCUAUACUACCAUUGUCCAACCUCCGCGUGGUGCGGGGGACCCAGGUCUACGAUGGGAAGUUUGCCAUCUUCGUCAUGUUGAACUACAACACCAAUUCCAGCCAUGCUCUGCGCCAGCUCCGCUUGACUCAGCUCACCGAGAUUCUGUCAGGGGGUGUUUAUAUUGAGAAGAACGAUAAGCUUUGUCACUUGGACACAAUUGACUGGAGGGACAUCGUGAGGGACCGAGAUGCUGAGAUAGUAGUGAAGGACAAUGGCAGAAGCUGUCCCCCCUGUCAUGAGGUUUGCAAGGGGAGAUGCUGGGGUCCUGGACCUGAAGACUGCCAGACAUUGACCAAGACCAUCUGUGCCCCUCAGUGUAAUGGUCACUGCUUUGGGCCCAACCCCAACCAGUGCUGCCAUGAUGAGUGUGCCGGGGGCUGCUCAGGCCCUCAGGACACAGACUGCUUUGCCUGUCGGCACUUCAAUGACAGUGGAGCCUGUGUACCUCGAUGUCCACAGCCUCUUGUCUACAACAAGCUAACUUUCCAGCUGGAACCCAAUCCCCACACCAAGUAUCAGUAUGGAGGAGUUUGUGUAGCCAGCUGUCCCCAUAACUUUGUGGUGGAUCAAACAUCCUGUGUCAGGGCCUGUCCUCCUGACAAGAUGGAAGUAGAUAAAAACGGGCUGAAAAUAUGUGAGCCUUGUGGGGGACUAUGUCCCAAAGCCUGUGAGGGGACAGGCUCUGGGAGUCGCUUCCAGACUGUGGACUCGAGCAACAUCGAUGGAUUUGUGAACUGCACCAAGAUCUUGGGCAACCUGGACUUCCUGAUCACCGGCCUCAAUGGAGACCCCUGGCACAAGAUACCUGCCCUGGACCCGGAGAAGCUCAAUGUCUUCCAGACAGUACAGGAGAUCACAGGUUACCUGAACAUCCAGUCCUGGCCUCCCCACAUGCACAACUUCAGUGUUUUUUCCAACUUGACAACCAUUGGAGGCAGAAGCCUCUACAACCGGGGCUUCUCGUUGCUGAUUAUGAAGAACUUGAAUGUUACAUCUCUGGGCUUCCGAUCCCUGAAGGAAAUCAGUGCUGGGCGUAUCUAUAUAAGUGCCAAUCGGCAGCUCUGUUACCACCAUUCUUUGAACUGGACCAAGCUGCUUCGGGGGCCCUCGGAAGAGCGACUAGACAUCAAGCAUAAUCGGCCCCGCAGAGAAUGCGUGGCAGAGGGCAAAGUGUGUGACCCACUGUGCUCCUCUGGGGGAUGCUGGGGCCCGGGCCCUGGUCAGUGCUUGUCCUGUCGAAACUACAGCCGAGAAGGUGUCUGUGUAACCAACUGCAACUUUCUGAAUGGGGAGCCUCGAGAGUUUGCCCAUGAGUCCAGAUGCUUCUCUUGCCACCCGGAAUGCCAGCUCAUGGAGGGAACUGUCACAUGCAAUGGCUCGGGCUCCGAUACUUGUGUUCAAUGUGCCCAUUUUCGAGAUGGGCCCCACUGUGUGAGCAGCUGCCCCCAUGGAGUCCUAGGUGCCAAGGGGCCCAUCUACAAGUACCCAGAUGUUCAGAAUGAAUGUCGGCCCUGCCAUGAGAACUGCACCCAGGGGUGUAAAGGACCAGAGCUUCAAGACUGUCUAGGACAAACACCGGUGUUGAUCGGCAAAACCCACCUGACAAUGGCUCUGACAGUGAUAGCAGGAUUGGUAAUGAUUUUUGUGUUCCUGGGUGGCACUUUUCUCUACUGGCGUGGGCGCCGGAUUCAGAAUAAAAGGGCUAUGAGGCGAUACUUGGAACGGGGUGAGAGCAUAGAGCCUCUGGAUCCCAGUGAGAAGGCUAACAAAGUCUUGGCCAGAAUCUUCAAAGAGACAGAGUUGAGGAAGCUUAAAGUGCUUGGCUCGGGUGUCUUUGGAACUGUGCACAAAGGAGUGUGGAUCCCUGAGGGUGAGUCAAUCAAGAUUCCAGUCUGCAUUAAAGUCAUUGAGGACAAGAGUGGACGGCAGAGUUUUCAAGCUGUGACAGAUCAUAUGCUGGCCAUUGGCAGCCUGGACCAUGCCCACAUCGUACGGCUGCUGGGACUAUGCCCAGGGUCAUCUCUGCAGCUUGUCACUCAAUACUUGCCUCUGGGUUCUCUGCUGGAUCAUGUGAGACAACACCGGGAAGCACUGGGGCCACAGCUGCUGCUCAACUGGGGAGUACAAAUUGCCAAGGGUAUGUACUACCUUGAGGAACAUGGUAUGGUGCAUAGAAACCUCGCUGCCCGAAACGUGCUACUCAAGUCGCCCAGUCAGGUUCAGGUGGCAGAUUUUGGUGUGGCUGACCUGCUGCCUCCUGAUGAUAAGCAGCUGCUAUACAGUGAGGCCAAGACUCCAAUUAAGUGGAUGGCCCUUGAAAGUAUCCACUUUGGAAAAUACACACACCAGAGUGACGUCUGGAGCUAUGGUGUGACAGUUUGGGAGUUGAUGAGCUUCGGGGCAGAGCCCUAUGCCGGGCUGCGAUUGGCUGAAGUACCAGACCUGCUAGAGAAGGGGGAGCGGUUGGCACAGCCCCAGAUCUGCACAAUCGAUGUCUACAUGGUGAUGGUCAAGUGUUGGAUGAUUGAUGAGAACAUUCGCCCAACCUUUAAAGAAUUAGCCAAUGAGUUCACCAGGAUGGCCCGAGACCCACCACGGUAUCUGGUCAUAAAGAGAGGGAGUGGGCCUGGAAUAGACCCUGGGGCAGAGCACCACGGUCUGACGAACAAGGAGCUAGAAGAAGUAGAGCUGGAGCCAGAACUAGACCUAGAUCCAGACUUGGAAGCAGAGGAGGACAACCUGACAACCACCACACUGGGCUCCGUCCUCAGCCUACCAGUUGGAACACUUACUCGGCAACGUGGGAGCCAGAGCCUUUUAAGUCCAUCAUCUGGAUAUAUGCCCAUGAACCAGGGUAAUCUCGGGGAGGCUUGCCAGGAGUCUGCAGUUUCUCAGGGCAGUGAAUGGUGCCCCCGUCCAGUCUCUCUGCACCCAAUACCACGGGGACGCCUGGUAUCAGAGUCAUCAGAGGGCCAUGUAACAGGCUCUGAGGUUGAGCUCCAGGAGAAAGUGUCAACGUGUAGGAGCCGGAGCCGGAGCCGGAGCCCACGGCCACGUGGAGACAGUGCCUACCAUUCCCAGCGCCACAGUCUGCUUACUCCUGUCACCCCUCUCUCCCCACCAGGGUUAGAGGAAGAGGAUGUCAAUGGUUAUGUCAUGCCAGAUACACACCUCAAAGGUACUCCCUCCUCCCGGGAAGGCACCCUUUCUUCAGUGGGUCUCAGUUCUGUCCUGGGUACUGAAGAAGAUGAUGAAGAUGAGGAGUAUGAAUACAUGAACCGGAGGAGAAGGCACAGUCCACCUCAUCCCCCUAGGCCAAGUUCCCUUGAGGAGUUGGGUUAUGAGUACAUGGAUGUGGGGUCAGACCUCAGUGCCUCUCUGGGCAGCACACAGAGUUGCCCACUCCACCCUGUACCAAUCAUGCCCACUGCUGGCACAACUCCAGAUGAAGAUUAUGAAUAUAUGAAUCGGCAACGAGGUGGAGGUGGUCCUGGGGGUGAUUAUGCAGCCAUGGGGGCCUGCCCAGCAUCUGAGCAAGGGUAUGAAGAGAUGAGAGCUUUUCAGGGGCCUGGACAUCAGGCCCCCCACAUCCAUUAUGCCCGCCUAAAAACUCUACGUAGCUUAGAGGCUACAGACUCUGCCUUUGAUAACCCUGACUACUGGCAUAGCAGGCUUUUCCCCAAGGCUAAUGCCCAGAGAACAUAACCCCUGCUCCCUGUGGCACUCAGGGAGCAUUUAAUGGCAGCUAGUGCCUUUAGAGGGUACUCUCUUCUCCCUAUUCCCUCUCUCUCCCAGGUCUCAGCCCCAUUUCCCCAGUCCCAGACAAUUCCAUUCAACCUUUGGAGGCUUUUAAACAUUUGACACAAAAUUCUUACGGUAUAUAGCAAGAUGUGCACUUUCUUCUCUUUCCUAACCCCAGGAAAGGAGAAGGUUUUCCUUGUUUUGUAUGCUUUCUCAAUCCCAUUCCUCAGCUUCCUCACAGGUAUUUCUGGAGAUAUGAAGGAUUACUCUCCAUAUCCCUUCCUCUCAGGCUCUGACUACUUGGAACUAGGCUCCUAGGUGUGCCUUUGUUUCCCAUCAGACUGUCAGGAAGAGGAAAGGGAGGAAACCUAGCAGAGAAAAGUAUAAUUUUGGUUUAUGACUCUUAACCCCCUAGAAAGACAGAAGGUUAAAAUCUGUGAAGAUAAAGGUUAGGAGUAGAUAUUGAUUACUUUGAUAAUUCAGCACUUAACUAUGAGCCAGGCAUCAUACUAAACUUUACCUACAUUAUCUCACUAAGUCCUUUAUCAUCCUUACAACAAUUCUGUGACAUACAUAUUAACUCAUUUUACAAAAAAGGGAAGCCAGGCAUGGUGGCUCAUACCUAUAAUCCCAGCAUUUUGGGAGGCUGAGAAUGGGAAGAUCACUUGAGCCCAGGAUUAGACAAGCCUAGGGAACACAGCAAGACACUGUCUCUAAGGGUGGUGGGGGAGGGGGGGGGGAAGGAAACUGAGCCUAAAAGAGAUUAAUUAAGCAGUAGGUCCAGAAUGCAAAAUCCUCCCAAUUCUUGUGCAUGUGCUCUUACUGUAAGGUGCCAAGGAAAACCGAUUUAAGUCACAGCCCUUGUAAGGGGCAACGUUUCUUGUUUGCACUGAAUCAAGUCUAACCCCAACAGCCACAUCCUCCUCCUAUACGCAGACAUCUCAUCUCAGGAAGUGGUGGUGGGGGUAGUCAGAAGGAAAAAUAACUGGACAUCUUUGUGUAAACCAUAACCCACAUGUGCCGUGAAUGAUCUUUACACCUUAUCUGAGGACAGAUUCACAAGGAUCCCCCAAGAUCCACUUUUAGGAGCCAUUCUUAUCCAGCAGUGACAAGCUUCCAGGUAGGAUAGAAGACCCAGUUUCACGCCUCUGUUCCGUUCCUUUGGAUGGGGAACUGAGGGAAAAUAUCUGUUGUAUCACUGAAAUUUUUUGUUUUGUUUUUAUACGUGUCUGAAUAAAAAUGCCAAAGUUUUUUUCAGC